AACUCGUCAUUCCACCUCCCACCACGUUAUACAACCAUGUCUUCUGUGGCCACAAGAAAAACAAGAAGAACGCAACCCACAGUUUCAGCCACACCACACUCUUUUCUCUCUUCCAACAACAAUGGCUGAUGUGACGUACCUCCACCGCACCCACCACCACGAACCCGACGACGACCAAACCCUAAUCCCCUUACCUUUCUGGUCACCAUCCGAUUUCGAUUUCUACUCCUCCGAUCCCGAAUUCCCCCACCACCACCACAACCACCACUUAUCCCACCGUGAAAACCAGGUCAAUUUCGUCAUGGACCUCUUCCACCAGCGCGUUGAGCAAUCCUCCCACCACCUCACCGACGAUGAUCCCCUUCCUCAAUCCCUCACCGACUCCGUCUUCGACGGACUCGGCCUCGAUUUAGGGUUCGCCCCUGACGACGACACCGACGAUUUCUUCCCCGCUGCCGGAUCCGGAACCCUCGACGACCUCGCCGCGCAAAUCGCCGGGUUCGUGUCUGAUUCCGACGACGAGGACCCCGACGGGGUACUCGGGAUCUGUGUUCACUCCGACGCGGAGGAGCGGAACGAAAACGACGACGUUUCGGGGAUUCCUCUGUGUUGGGACUCGCUGCAGUUGGAGGAGAAUAUCAGAGACAGCACCAGCUAUGAGGAUUUCGAGUGGGAGGAGGUUGACGGCCGCGUCGACGAGAGGGAGGUUCUGAGUAUGUUCGCCGUCGUCGACGAUGACAGGUCGGUUUCCGUUUCGAUUUCUCCGAUUGAAGAAGAAGAACAAGAAGAAGAAGAUGAUGAUCAAUUGGAACUCAACAUGAGGGUAGGUUCCGGCGUGGAGAAUUUGGAGUGGCAAGUGUUGUUGAACGCCGACAAUUUGGAGGGGACGAGCCCUGAAACGGAGCCAUAUUUUGAGGACAACGACGAUUACAUCUACACUGCGGAGUACGAGAUGAUGUUCGGGCAAUUCGCGGAGAACGAAAACCCGUUGGCGGGUAGGCCUCCGGCGUCUGCCUCCGUCGUUGAGAGCCUUCCGGCGGUGACGGUGAAGGAAGACGACGUGGGCAACAACAAUGCGCUAUGUGCUGUUUGUAAGGAUGAUUUUGUUGUUGGGGAAGAGGUGAAGCAGUUGCCAUGCUCGCAUCGUUACCAUGGUGAUUGCAUUGUGCCUUGGUUGGGGAUUAGGAAUACAUGCCCUGUUUGUCGCUAUGAGUUUCCUACUGAUGAUGCUGAUUAUGAGCGUAGGAGGGUUCAGAGAUCUGCACAGAGCCUGUGAGUGAAGUGAUGAUGAUGAUGAUGAUGAUGAUGAUGAUGGGGUUUCUGAAUUUCUCAGCGCAAGCUAGCUAGGCUGUUAAGUUUAGGUUUUUUUUUCUUUUCUUCUUUUUGGGGUUGAGAAGAAUUAAUUGCAUGCGUUUGGUAAUUUUGCAAAUUUUCACAUUGGAGAUUUUAUUUUAUGAGACAUACAUCAUAAAAUUGAAUCAAUUUUCCUAGGAAUAUCAUACACAUUUGUUGUACUUUGUGAAUGUUACUAUACUUGUGGGUUGGUAAUUUGGUAUCUAUCUUGUGUUUUACUUACAUUGGUUGUUGGAUUGGUAGGACCUCUGUGAAGUGGAAAGUAGGUGCAUUUUGGAAGAAAACAUUGCUAGUUGGUAUUCUUUGAUCAGGAUUCUGCACUUCAAGUUUUGAUAAGGAUAAUAAACAAAUUGGCCAACUUUGCCUUUAA